AAAUAAACUAAGCACACUAAAAAAAGGAAGAAACAUGAGAAAGCAAAAAAAAUGCCACAAAUGAUUCACAAGACUUGACAAAUAACAACCCAAUUCCUUUACAAUUUUGCUGACCAAAGACCACACUUUUUCCUCUUCAAAAUUCCUCUGCUUCAUUCCCAAUUUUCUCAAGAUUUUUCGAUUUCAAGCAAAGGGUUAUUAAUUAGUAAUCUGGAUUUUAUUUGGAAGAUCUAAAAAAUGGCAGGUCGUUAUGAUCCUAACCCUUUUGAUGAAGGAGAUGAAGUCAAUCCAUUUUCUGAACAAGGAGGGAAGGCCAAAUCGUCUGGCCAAUCGAAUUUUGGAGGAGGAGCCUUUUACAUGACUAAUCCUGGCAGUGUACCUCCAGCCGCAAAUUCAAGGCUUUCACCUCUCCCACCUGAGCCAGCUGAUUUUUACAAUCCUACUGCUACAGUGGAUAUCCCCCUUGAUUCAGGAAAGGAUUUAAAGAAGAAAGAGAAAGAACUUCAAGCAAAAGAGGCAGAAUUGAGAAAAAGAGAAGAGGUGCUUAAACGUAAAGAAGAAGCAGCACAACGAGCUGGAAUUGUUAUUGAAGAGAAGAAUUGGCCUCCGUUUUUCCCAAUCAUCCAUCAUGAUAUUGGAAAUGAGAUACCAAUUCAUCUGCAGAAGUUGCAAUACACAGCUUUUACGACACUGCUAGGGUUGACUUUGUGUCUCACCUGGAACAUUGUAGCGGUAACUACUGCUUGGAUAAAGGGUGGUGAUGCAACUAUAUGGUUCCUUGCUAUCAUCUACUUUAUAUCGGGUAUCCCUGGUGCAUAUGUGUUAUGGUAUCGUCCACUUUACCGGGCUUUCAGGACUGAAAGUGCCUUGAACUUCGGAUGGUUUUUCUUGUUUUAUUUGAUUCAUGUUGGCUUCUGUAUUUUUGCCGCUGUUGCUCCUCCUGUUGUCUUCAAAGGAAAAUCUCUUGCUGGCAUCCUUCCGGCCAUUGAUCUUAUCAGCAAGAACGCCCUAGUUGGUAUAUUCUACUUCGUUGGAUUCGGACUAUUUUGCCUCGAGUCAGUACUCAGCGUAUGGGUUCUUCAGCAAGUAUACAUGUACUUCCGUGGCAGCGGAAAGGCAGCACAGAUGAGGCAGGAGGCAGCAAGAGGUGCUAUGAGAGCCGCGUUUUGAUACCAUCCCGACUACACUAUUACCGAUUUCAGAAUAGCGAGCGAUCACCUUAAUUGUGUAUGGUAGAGAGCCAAAAUUGAGCGUUUUAGCUGCGCAUUUCUUACGUCUCACUCAUAUAUACUUUUCGGUUUCUCUGUUUGCUAUUCCAAUUGAUUAUCCUAGUUCUUUUGGAGGGCUCUUUUUAACGCAACUUUAGGUACAUUAUUCUUAUAUACUAUUGAUAAUUAAUUUUUUUUAAGGUUAUUGAGUAUUCAAAUGCAAUUUUUUAUAACUUUUUUGUUCUAAUAUAAAGUUUUUAGCCCAUUAAGAGCUAGUAUAUAUGAGUUUGUACAUACAUAAUCUCAGUCUAAAUGCUGAUUGAUUGUUGUCCGGUUAUCUCUUGCACAUUUUGAUCAUCCA